AUGCCCCCUCCGAUGGUGACGACCGUGCGAGCGGUCGUUGCGACAGUGGCGAUUCUGGCCUUGAUGGUCUGCUGUACGAGGCUGUAUUUGCGCAAGUUCAUCACCCGUGCGUUCGGGCUCGAUGACUGCCUGGUUAUCCUGGCUCUGAUUCUGGUGUUGCUGUUUGCUGCUCUCUCGAUUUAUCUCACGUUCUUCGGUAUCGGACGACACAUGGACACAGUGCCUGACGAGCAACUCGCCACGAUGCAAUACGCCAUUUACAUCUCGCUCUGCACCUACCUCUUCGUCGCAUCCGCCGUCAAGAUAAGCCUGCUCGUCUUCAUCAUGCGCGCGUUCCCGACGAGACUCAUCCGCUGGCUGGGCCUCGGAAUCGUUGGGUUCCUGGUCCUCUUGACUAUUUCCGGAGAGCUGCCAUUGAUUCUGCAGUGUUCUCCCGUUCGCGCGGCGUACGACAAGACGGCUCCGAACUAUAAGUGUUUCUCCUCGGACACGCUGUUCGAUAUCGAGAUGUAUCAAGGCGUGCUCAUGUUUGCCGUUGAUCUCGCCAUCUUCGUGUUGCCUAUCCCGACAAUCUGGAAGCUGCAGAUGCCACUACAGCGACGGUUGACUGUCAUCGGUCUGUUUGGUUUGGGUCUGGUGGCCUGUGUGGCCGGUCUGGCACGACUUCCAACGCUGGUGUAUCAGAAAGAUGAUACAGAUUUCACCUAUUCCGGUGCUACCCCCCUGAUCUGGAUGAACGUCGAGUUUGGACUUGCACUGAUCACCGGCUCGCUGCCUUCGACCCGCAUUCUACUUAGAAAGAUCCCGGGAUUCAGCUCAUACAGAAGCGAAGGCAAAGAACUCAGUGAAGGUCACGGCAACGGACAGUCCGGGUACCAUGUCGGCCAGAAACGGUGGACAUCGAAAAUGCUUGGGAAGGGACGAGACGAUAUCGAGAGCGUUGCCAGCGAGAGCGAGAAGAGGAUAUUUCUGUCCUAG